AGUUGGCGUUUCGGAGUCUCUCUCUUUUUGGAUAUUAAUGUCGUUGUCGAAGUUUCGGUAAAUUAAUGAGAAAGAGAGGAGUGUAUAGUCCGUUUCUAAAUGGAGCUACUUCGGUUUUCCGUUUUUUGGUGUGGAACGAUACUCUUUGGUUGUGUUCUGCUCGAGGAGGCGGAGGCAACUAUAAUGAGGAUAAGAAGGCUGUGCAAGUUCUGUGACGUACGACCCACCAACUGCAAUGGUAAAGGAAGCUGUAAGGUGGAUUGUGACAUCACGUCCAUCUGCCCACAUGAUGACGACGUGUGUGUCAGUAUUUGGAGGAAGAAAGAUGACAAUGUCACCUUUGAUACAGUCUGCCACAACCCAGCUCACAAGCUGUACGGCCUGGUCCUGGAGGAUUACAACAACAGCAAGUGUGAGAUGAAAGAAAGAAAGGGCAUGGGCUCACAGUUCUUCAUCUGCUCCUGCAAUGAUGAUGAGUGCAAUGAGAAAAUCUUCUUUAACUCCUACAUGGACUCCCAGGUGGUGGCUGUCAUCUUAGUGAGCCUGGUUCCACUUCUGGUUGUGGCCGUCCUCGUCAUCACUUCUUUCUACUGUUAUCGGGUCUACCGCCAGCGCCGAGCCAGCUCCAGGCGCAAGAAAGGCCUUCCGAUGGACUUCAGCGAUCACGACAUCAUGAUAGAUGACGAAGGUUCGGACAGCAGCUCCACGCACGCCAACAACCUCAACCAUAAUACUGAGCUGCUGCCCAUCGAACUGGACGUCCAGGUUGGAAAAGGACGCUUUGCGGAAGUUUACAAAGCCAAGCUGAAGCAGGGCUCCACGGUCAGCGAGGAGCAGGGCUUUGAGACUGUGGCUGUUAAGAUUUUCUCAUACGAGGAAUACGCCUCCUGGAAGAGUGAGAAGGAAAUAUUCUCUGACGCAGACCUGAGACAUGACAAUGUGCUUCAUUUCCUGACAGCAGAGGAGAGGAAAGUGCAGAGACAGUACUGGCUGAUUACAGCGUACCAGCCAAGAGGAAAUCUUCAGGAGUACUUGAUUCACCAUAUUAUCAACUGGCAUGACCUGUGGCUCCUUGGGGGUUCGCUCGCCCGUGGGUUGGCACACCUUCACAGUGACCACACCACAUGCGGUCGCUAUAAGGUGCCUAUAGCACACAGGGACAUUAAGAGCUCCAACAUACUAGUGAAAAGUGACCUGACCUGCUGCCUGUGUGACUUUGGCCUCGCGCUUCGCCUGGACAACACUCUGUCUGUGGAUGAGCUGGCCAACAGUGGACAGGUGGGAACAGCCAGGUACAUGGCUCCAGAGGUCUUGGAGUCCAGAAUCAACCUGGAAAACAUUGAGUCUUUCAAACAGGCCGACGUUUACUCCAUGGCUCUCGUACUGUGGGAGAUCAUCUCCAGGUGUAGCGCUAUUGGGGAGGUGAAAGAGUACGAGCCACCCUUUGGGAACUUGAGGGAGCACCCAUGUGUAGAGAGCAUGAAGGACAGCGUUCUCCGAGACCGAGGAAGACCUGAGGUCCCGAACAGCUGGAUCAACCACACAGGCAUCCAGCUGGUGUGCGCCUCCAUAGACGAGUGCUGGGACCACGACCCGGAGGCCCGUCUGACAGCACAGUGUGUUGCCGAGCGCUUCGACGACAUGGAGUACCUGGACAAGCUGUCGGAGCGCUCCAACUCAGAGGAGAAGAUCCCUGAAGAAAUCAUUGUGGUGGAUGAGAAGUAGAGCUCAACAGAAACACUGCCCCCCACCAGGGCAGCUGAGGACUUAAAACCAAGCCGCUGGGAAUGAAAGAAAUUCCAGUGGAUGCAUCGUUUGCUAUGGAUUUGUCAUAAAUGUGUGACGGAGGAGCAAACUGGAAAAUCAUGUAGAAGAAAGAGAACUGUUGUCAGAGAUAGACUUUGUUUUUCUUCUACAUACUUCAGAGACUGGAUCAAGUCAUAAACAAACAGGGAUGUCGCAUUAUCAAGCUUGUUAACCAAAUGCUAUUUGCACUUUAUAGAUAUCUAUGCACACCAAAUGGUAUAUAUUCAGUGUCUUUUUUGUUUGACAAUAAAUUUCAGGUAUGCAAAAAAUAAGGGGACAACAUAUAUAUUUAGAAAAAUAAAAGGGGACAGGGAAAUGCUAUUUAAAAUAUUAAGACUGUUACUAACACUAAUAUCCUAUUAACAGUCCAUUUAUAUAAAAAUAAAAUGACUUCCCCGUGCCUUUGGGCCUUGGAUAGAUGUCAACAUGAGUGGAUACGACAUAGGAAUCAAGGUGUGAGCGUCAUUUCCUCUGUCAUGAAAUGGAAAUUACCCACAGCAAAGCAAUAGAAAGCUCAUCCAAGGCAGUAAUCUGCAGGGACAGCUGAUAUCAUAACUGUAAAAUAAAGGCAGCAAAAUCAGCCACAAAGGAGAAAAGUAACAGUGUGUGUGUGUGCAUGUGUAUUACUCAGAAGACCUCGAUCUAAAAAAGGAAUGUCUGCUUAAUCAGACCAGGAAGAUAAAGGGAAAAGAGAUACUGCAUGUGUUACGGUGUCUAAACUGAAAGUUGCAGCCUGUCUGCUACAAAAGCACUUCUGCUUCUGCUUUUGUGGACAUUUUGUAACAGAAAGAGGAAUUAUAUCAAACUCAUUUUUUUGUAUAGAAGUGUAAAGUCAUAAAUAAAAGUGUUACAGUAUU